UCGUGGCGUCUGCCCGAACUUAGUAGAAUUUCAUCUGUCUGUCGAUCUUCGUGGUACUUGUGGCAGAAGGGUGCGCCGACCAUGUUUCAAGUGUGUGGGCCAGUCUUUCGUUGGAAAAAUGCAUUUUUUACGUUAACCACCGUGUGAUAUUAGUGUUAGAUCACUCUCUCCCACAAACUUCAAUGUGCAUCAAACGUCGCCCCUCACACACCUGAAGCCGCCUCGCGAGUGUUGCAUUUCGGUAAAAGUCUCCGUCGACGUCAAAAUGGCGCAUCAGAUGCCCCCAUCGGUGAACUGCUCGCUGGACGAAAUCGACCUGACAGCCCUCAAAGAUCCCGCAGGAAUCUUCGAGCUCAUCGAAGUCGUCGGGAACGGCACCUAUGGCCAGGUUUACAAGGGUCGCCACACAAAAACCGGUCAGUUGGCCGCUAUUAAGGUUAUGGAUGUCAACGAGGACGAGGAAGAAGAAAUUAAGUUAGAAAUCAACGUGCUCAAGAAAUAUUCUAAUCAUCGCAACAUUGCGACUUAUUAUGGGGCGUUCAUCAAGAAGUCGCCACCGGGGAAAGACGACCAGUUGUGGCUGGUUAUGGAGUAUUGUGGUGCUGGUUCUGUUACCGAUUUAGUUAAGUCGACGAAAGGUCAGUCGUUGAAAGAGGAAUGGAUUGCGUACAUUUGUCGGGAAAUCCUGCGCGGUCUGUCCUAUUUGCACUCAAAUAAGGUCAUUCAUAGGGACAUCAAAGGUCAGAACGUGUUGCUGACCGACAAUGCCGAAGUGAAAUUGGUCGAUUUCGGCGUUUCGGCCCAGUUAGAUCGGACGAUAGGCCGCCGUAACACCUUCAUAGGCACCCCCUAUUGGAUGGCUCCGGAAGUAAUCGCCUGCGAUGAAAACCCGGAAGCCACAUACGACAAUCGCAGCGAUCUGUGGUCGCUGGGCAUAACGGCCCUAGAAAUGGCCGAAUCCCAGCCACCUCUCUGCGAGCUACAUCCCAUGCGUGCCCUCUUCCUCAUCCCUCGUAACCCGCCACCGCGACUCAAGAGCAAAAAAUGGAACAAAAAGUUCCACGGUUUCAUCGAAACAGUAUUAGUGAAGGACUACCAUGACCGGCCCUACACCGAACAACUCCUCAAACACGCGUUUAUCAGGGACCAACCGACCGAGCGACAGGUCAGGAUCCAGCUGAAGGACCACAUCGACAGGUGCAAGAAGCGGAAACAGGAGAAGGAGCGGGAGGAUUAUCGCUAUUCGGGCUCGGAGAACGAGGAGGAAGAGCCGCAAAUCGCCGGAGAGCCGAGCAGUAUAGUGCAGGCACCGGGAGGCGACACUUUGAGGAGGAACUUCCAACAGAUACAAGAAGGGCGAACGCUGAGUCAGGUCGUGGAGCCGCCACCCAGAAGCGGGAGGAAUAAAGACAAGGAAGAGAUUCCUGAACCGGGACCACCGGCGCGCCCCCCAAUUCCCCAAAUUCCUCAAAGAGUUAUCGUUGUUCCCGAUCCGGCGCCCCCGAGAAGACCCUUGCCACCGCCCCCUGAUAAUAAUUUCGGGCGGGCGCAGCAAGGUCAAAGGAAUUCACAAUCGCAACAUAUUUUCAAGCCAAUGGGCCCUGCACGUAAGCCUGAGGAAUUGGACGCUUUGGCAGCUCACUUGAACGAACUGGGCGUCCAGCAGUCGUCCCAGCCUGAGGCGCCGCCUCGUAACAACCGCAACAACAAGCAGUCGCAAUCCGCCGUAAACAACAACGUGUCGACGCCGAGUUCGACCAAUCACACGCCGAAUUCGAGCAAUCAAGCUAGCGGAAAUAUUCUCGAUUCGGUUGUCGACAGCGAAACCGAUUCGGAACCGGAAGACAACGGAAGGGCCCGAAACGACGGUACCUUGUUGGCUAGUGAUCCCCCGAAACCGCUUCCCGAAUUUUCUUACAGAGCCGGUUUAGGAGUAGUGCCUGAAAACAGUGCGGGUGUGUCUAGUCCCGGAGCCACCGGUUCCGGUUCGAGUUCAGGUAGUGCCCCCAAUCGGCCUCUGCCCCCAACGCCCGACGACGACGAGUCGCAAGGCGACAAGACGUUGGUUUUGCGACGGCAGUCUGCAGCCAGUCUAAAGAACGUUGAAGAUAUCGACGAAGCAACGUUAUUGAAAGAGUGGGAUUUCGAAAAGUUUUUCCCAUCUUCGCAGUUAAAUAAAACGAGAGAAGAGACACCGAAAGAUAAAAAAGGGCCGACGCAUCGUCGGAUGGAUAGCGAUUCGAAAAUCAACAAUCCGUUCUUUCGCGGUUUUCGUCGCGAAAAUUCCGAUUUUUUUCCUUUGAGUUCGCGCCAUUCGGCCGUUUUUUCGGAUAAAAACGUGCGUUCGAGUGGUAUUUUUAAUAAUCGACGCGGUUCCGAAGCCGGUCUGAAUAAGAAAAACGGCGAACCGAUCUUGAUGGAUUAUGUCAAGAGGACGGAAUCGCCGAAAAAUAACAAAGAUUACGGAAUGAUACUGAGAGUCGAUGGUAAUUUUGUUAAACCACGACGCGAGAAGACCGAAUCGGACAUUGUUUUGAGGAAUUCGGACGCGAGGAAGAGCGUUAGAGAGAGUUUAGAGGCGCGUAGACGCGAAGUUGAAGCACAAUUCGCUAAAGAAGUGGAGAAAAUCAGGAACAGAAACUCGAGGCCGAUCGAAAUUAAUUCGUUGUCGCUCUCGACGACGACGAGUAAUUCGUUCGAUGGCGAGGAGUAUUUGUACAUACAGAACGGUAGAAGUAGCGACCAUUCACGUCAAAGCAACGUUUUGCCCGAUCUUCUCAGUCAAGCGAGCGGAAGCCCUGGCACGCCCUCGGCUAGAGAUAAGUCACAGAGCGAAGAGUACCGCCAGGCUAUGUCUCCUCACGUUACCCCCUCCCCUAAUAAAUCAGCACCUCUUAAUGUAAACGCUCUUGCCUUGCAACAGAAACAGCGCUCUUUCCUCACGUUUGGCUUCGGCGCCGGCUCUGCACAAAGCAGGAGAGAGUCACACGUUAACGUGAACGUAACGCCAACGUCGCAUGAUAUUUCGUCAGAUACGCCCGAGAUUAGGAAAUACAAGAAGAGGUUCAACAGCGAGAUUUUGUGUGCGGCUUUAUGGGGCGUUAAUCUUUUGAUUGGCACCGAACAUGGCUUAAUGUUACUGGACAGGAGCGGCCAAGGCAAGGUCUACCAGCUGAUAUCGAGACGGCGCUUCCAACAGAUGGAAGUGUUAGAAGGGCAGAAUAUCCUUGUGACGAUUUCCGGCAAGAAAAAUCGCGUUAGGGUGUAUUAUCUCAGUUGGUUGAAGAAUAAGAUUCUCAGGACGGAUGGAGUUAGUGAUCAAGUGGAAAGGAGGAACGGUUGGAUCAACGUGGGUGAUCUUCAAGGUGCUGUCCACUUUAAAAUAGUCAAAUACGAAAGGAUCAAAUUUUUGGUGAUUGCGCUGAAAGACAGUAUUGAAAUUUACGCGUGGGCACCGAAACCGUAUCAUAAAUUUAUGGCUUUCAAGUCGUUCUGCGAGCUCACUUAUCGACCACUUUUGGUGGAUUUAACGGUCGAAGAAGGCACGAGACUUAAAGUGAUAUACGGAAGUGCCGAUGGUUUUCACGCCGUCGAUCUGGAUUCGGCGAGUGUUUACGACAUUUACUUGCCGAAACAUACACAAAGUGCUAUAACGCCACACUGUAUAGUGACGUUACCGAACAGUAACGGCAUGCAGUUGUUGCUUUGUUACGACAAUGAGGGCGUUUACGUGAAUACUUACGGUCGCGUGUCAAAAAAUAUGCUUUUGCAGUGGGGCGAAAUGCCGACGUCAGUGGCGUACAUCGGCACAGGCCAGAUAAUGGGCUGGGGCAAUAAAGCGAUCGAAAUCCGUUCGGUCGAGUCGGGUCACUUGGACGGCGUCUUCAUGCACAAGAAGGCUCAACGUUUGAAGUUUUUGUGCGAACGCAACGACAAAGUAUUCUUUUCGAGCGCCAAGAGCGGCUCCAGCUGCCAGAUCUACUUCAUGACGUUGAACAAGCCCGGCAUGGCCAACUGGUAACCUCAUUAUCAAGUGUAAUUAAAGUAUAGUUCGUGAUGAGUGAAAAAAAAAGGAUUAAAUCAAUAAGAAAGUAUGGGAGAGUAAGGCGACGGGCAAAUAGUACAAGGUUAAUAGAUCAAAUUGAUCGUACUUGUGGUGCGGAUUUUUGUAAUAGUUCCUGUUUUGUUUUCGUUUGAAGUAACAAUAAUUCGAGAGUACAAUUCCAGUUUGGUCAGCAAUAAUCAUUUUAAGAUCAAAAGGUCACGGAACUAUUCAAGAAUCGCCAAAGUGGGGUAGUAUCGGUGCCAAGAGAGAGGAUGUUAGUGAACUGAUAAAUGCUCACUAAAACACUAGCUAAGUCCAAUUAUAAUAAAUACAUUUAGCGUAAUGUGACUAAAGUUCGGCAAUUGAAGGCUUGACGAAUUUCGCUCACAUUUUUUUGUACAUAACUGAUCAUUUCCGAUGCCUAGUGCACACAUAGGAACCGUUGUAUUUUCGAUUGAUUUUCCAUUGCAUGGUAGCGACUGUUGCGAGACGUACGAUUUUAUACUAAAAAAUUCUAUUCAUAAUAAAAUGGUUCAUUUAUUUUUGUUGGGUGCAAUGAGACUGUAUGUUACGAUAAUUUGUGUACGGCUAUGAUCUGGAAGGUCUCUUAGCAGGUUGUACUUUUAUUAUAUUUUUUGUGGCCUAUUUGUGUAAUCUUGCUUUUCUGCUCUUUUUAUAAUAAUUUUCCCAAAGAAUUGGUAAGUGUGAUUUUUUAUUAUGAAGUUAACAUUUCUAUCGUUUUUAUUAUUAAUAUAAUUCCAACCAGUAAAGUUAAAUAUUCUGUAUUAUAUUACAAA